AUGUGUGCCAUGAUCAUGUCAGGUGAAUUCCAAGGAAAGACAAGUCACUGCAUUGAAAUUGGCUGCUGGUGGAGCUUGGCUCUUUGCGAUGACUUGACUGGCCUGACAACCUUUAUUCAAGAGCUACAAGGCGACCAUCACAAGACAUACAUAACAGACCAUCUAUUCGGUUGCGCUGGCAUAAAUCCUAGAUUUUGUCUACUGCGAGACAGAACAGAUGCCAUGUGGGAUAGACUAGUAGGCACAAACCUGCGGGAACCAUGCAACAUGACUAGAGCAUGUAUCCCUCAUUUAUCAUCGGGUUCAGCGAUUGUGAACGUAUUUUCGACGGCAGGUAUGCAUGCAUCCGCAGGACUGGUAAUUUAUAAUACAACGAAUUUCGUCAUUAUCGGCUUCUUUAAGGCAAUGACGCAAGAAUUAGGACCGAGAGGCAUUUGGGUCAAUGCAUUUGCUCCUGGAUCUAUUGAGACUCCGACAAAUAUGGUGGUUGUGGAGGGUGAAGCUGCCGUAGCAAAGGCUGAGAAGGAUAUUCCUUUAGGUCGGAUGGGGCUGGCGGAAGAGGCGACUGACACGGCGUGUUAUUUGUUAAGCGACAAGAAUUCAUUUAUAAAUGGUGCUGUCAUUGAGAUAUCUGGUAAGAUGUAUUUAUAUCAACAAACCUGUCUGUAUCCAUCAUUACAACCCAUUCUUCCCAGUGUAGCAAGUUUUGACAGUUAUCAACCCGGUAGCAUGCUUUUUGCCUAUCUAUUGGCUUUCGGGUAG